AGACAAGUUUUCAUGUUUUGUUCAUUAAUCAGACAAGCUGAACUCUGAACCAUUUGAAUCGUCCACCUACCGCAUCUGCCACUUGCGCUCUCCCUGUGAUCUGGUAGUUAAAGAACACUUCCUCUACAACGUUGCCUCUCUCUCUCUCUCUCGUUCAUUCUCUGACUUCCAGUUUUUUUAAUAAAUUUUAGAAUUUUCUCAAUAGGGUUUUCUUCUGAUUGACUUCAAAGUUCAAAUCAAUCUCAAAGUUUCAAUUUUUUUUUUUUCAUCUGGGUCUUCUGCAAAACUAGCACUCUUGAACUUUUUUCUCUGAAUAUUGCUUCACUACACUAUCUGAAAAUUCCAUCUGUUUUUUAUUGAAGAAAAUCAGUUUGCUCAUGUCUUAGAUUGCUUCGCUUCACAGUCUAGAACCCCACUCUCUCUCAAAUAAAUCUCUAAUCUUUAUUUCUCAUCCUAUAAUUAUUACCUUUCAAGCUUGUUCUUUUAUGUUUGUUUUCAUAGGAUUAUUGGGUGUGUUUAGAGCAUUAGUAAUGAUUUCUCAUAGCCAUUCAGACUCAGAGGCAGAGCCACCUUGUGGUUCUGAAACAAGAGCUUCAACUGCAGAGAAGCUUUACCAAACUUUUAUUAUCUCUUUACCGGUCUCCUCCGCUUUCAUCAUCCUCUUCUUCUUCUACCUUUGCUAUCUUCGCCGUCAAAGGGCCAACUGGUCCUCUCUUCAAAUGCCACCAUCUUAUGCCAACAACAAUGAUAUCUCCAGGUGUUUCAUUGUUGUGGUUGCACAGUCUGAAUUGGGCUUGAAGAAAGAACUGAGAGAGAUGCUACCCAUUAUUGUAUACAAGGAGAGCUUCUCCAUCAGAGAUUCACAGUGCUCAGUAUGCCUUGUGGAGUACCAAGCAGAGGAUAGGCUUCAACAUAUACCUGCAUGUGGCCAUACAUUUCACAUGGACUGCAUUGAUCACUGGCUUGCUACUCACACCACCUGCCCACUCUGCCGCCUCUCACUUGUUCCUGCCAGUAAAUCUUCAACUGAACUACCUCAUAUAAAUGUUGAAUCUGGUCAAGAAUUUUCUGUGGCAGUCAAUGGUAAUGAUACAUCGAUUCAACAAAGGCCCCAGGCUAGCGUAGCAGCACAAGCCGAAGAAGACAUUAGAAAUCCCAAAAACAAGUCUGAAGAAGAUGCAAGAGAGGUGAGAAAUCCCAAAAACGAAGAUGCAAGAAGCUCUGAUUGCGUUGAUCAUGUGAGAGAAUCUAGAAGUUCAGGGGAUGACAUUGAAUGACAUUAUCAUAUUGAUGGAUUUUCUGCUUAACCUAUAUCAAGAGUUGGGCCAAUGUUGCUAAAAAUGUCAUCAUGAAUCAGAUCCUACAUCAUGCGUACGGCUCUCCAACUGAGAUGUUAAGAGCAACAACCACAGGAGUACUUGGCCAGUUCUCUUAUAUAUAAUGCAUGAGAUUCCUUCUUCUAGACAGCAACAAAAAACUGAACUAAAUGAUCGAUUAAAAAAUAAAAUUUUUAGAACUUCUCUGAAAAUAUUCUUGUCUUCUAGGAUGCUCGCUUUGAUAAUUAGAUUAGUGAUGGUCGAACAGCUAAAAAGAUGGUAAUUAGAUUAGUAUUGAUAAGAACUAUUGAGCUACAAUGUCUUGUAUAUGGGAACCAUGGUUUCAAUAAGAGUUUUUAUAUGAAGUCAAUUAGA